CUAGAAAUGGGAAAUUAUAAGUCAAGGCCACAGUCCACAUGCUCACAGGAACUGCUAAAUAAAAUUCUAGAAAAUUAUGCAUUGCUGGAGGAGAAGCUGCAACAGGAUUUAUACAUUGCUGACACAGAAGGGCUUACAGAUGUUCAGAAUGUGUGUUGUAAUGGUACUGCAGACCAACUUACAAGCCUCCUCAGUCCAGAAGCUCUUGGUGAACGAUUGGACAAUGGCAUGACACUCCUGCACUUAUGCUGCCUUUCCAAAGACAGACCAAACCAUGAAGAACACUUGGAGAAAAAAGAGGAAAAAAAAGUGGAAGCUGAAGAGGAUAUGAAGGAGUCUCCAUGCUAUCUGCAGCUCAUGAAAACUUCACGUAACAAGAAGGACCGGGAAGGAAACAAGGAGAAUGAGAAUGAAAAUGAUAUACAGAUACAGGAGACAAAAGCUUAUAGACAUAAAGAUAUUAAAGAACUGGUUCGAAUCCUCCUGCAGAAGGGAGCAGAUCCAACCAUAAUUUGUAAAAAUGGAUUCUCACCUCUUCAUAUUGCUUCAUAUAAGGUUAAGAUUCGACUUUUGGUCCCCUUCCCCUUUUUGGAGUGAACUCACCUGUAACUGCUGAAGUGUUA